UUUGAUCUUACCUGUUCCUCUAUCCAGCCACGCGCUGUCUUCCCGGCUUCUGUAGUGUCAGCGCUUGGCAUGACAGCCGGGUGCUCAGUGCGCAUGAUCGAGAAGCACUUGCGUUUUGUGAUUGGUCCGGCGGCUUCUGGGAUCUGUCAUGUGUCCCAGGUACCGCCUUACCAUUCACAAAAAGCACCGCCUUACCAUUCACAAAAAGCCCAGCGCCCACACUACAGAAGCCGGGAAGACAGCACGCCGCUGGAUAGAGGAACAGGUAAGGUCCCGCUGCAGAGCUGA